CCCUUCCACCCUUCAUUAGCGCUACCAGAUCCCUGUCCUGCCCCAUCCCCACCACCCACUCUCCCCACACCGCUUGUGGGCGCUGAAGGAGCCUGACUGCUGUUGUAGGCCAGAGAAUCGACUCCAACCCUCCUGGCCUCUUGGCGUCCGGCAGACACUAGGUGGUCAGUGUGGACAGCAACAGGCACUUGGUGAGUAGGACACUAGGUGGUCAGUGUAGACAGCAACAGGCACUUGGUGAGUAGGACACUAGGUGGUCAGUGUAGACAGCAACAGGCACUUGGUGAGUAGGACACUAGGUGGUCAGUGUAGACAGCAACAGGCACUUGGUGUGUAGGACACUAGGUGGUCAGUGUAGACAACUAACAGACACUUGGUGAGAAGGACUGAACUCAGACACUAGGUGGUCAGUGUGGACAGCAACAGGCACUUGGUGAGUAGGACACUAGGUGGUCAGUGUGGACAGCAACCAACAGACACUUGGUGUGUAGGAGGACAGCAACCAACAGACACUUGGUGUGUAGGAGGACAACGACCAACAGGCACUUGGUGUGUAGGAGGACAACAACCAACAGACACUGGCAUGCUGUGCACCAAAGAAUAACCGACACUGACCGUGUGUGGGGCAGCUGUCUGUCUGUGGUGUGUGGUGUACUGGACACACAGGGGCGACUAUCUGCGAGAAGUGUGGCCAGGGUUGUCUGGCUGAUGGCUGCACAACGCAUUUUCCGUCUUCUUCCAGUUUAGUUGGUGUCGAAGCUUGUUUCCUGCUGGACGUCCACAGCCCCGAGCCUCCUGCUCACACUUCUCUGACAUUGUGUCGCGUGCUGAGCAAGUCGCUAGCCUUUCAUUUCCCGAACAAUUAUAUUGGACUUGUGGGGUUAGGGUUGUGUGGAUGACAACCGUUUGCUCUCCCUGCAGUUAGAGUUCACUUUCUGUACACGAUAGUCACUUUGGCAAUGUGCUGGUACACGUUUUCUGGGCGGAUGGCCGGUUGUGUACAGCUUGUACCACACAGCAAGCGCCUGCAAGUUAUUUGUCUCGAGGACAUAAGUUCUUGACACCAUUGAACUACAUUCGGGACAAACUACCAACAUCCGGGACUACCUGCCUGCCUUCAUUUGAAAAAACCUUUUCACAUGUGGGUCUGGUCUACGCAUCCACUCUUGCUGAGACCUGUCCACGCUUGUUGAUUCCACUCGAACUCUGACAUUUUCUAGCUUUUGAAAAACCUGUCUUCAGUCUAAUUUAUUCCAUAGAAGGAAAAAGUUGUGGACUUGUCUAGAGCACUGGUGUGCUGCAAGAUCGCACACACUGCUUUUACUGUCACGUGAUCACGUGUUUCACUGGUGAAACAGUAGCCAAGGGGACUUUUCUAAAUACCACGAGGGAGGAAUCUUCAGACCAUCAGGCCACGUUAGCACUUCAAGGGUCAUUGAGACUUCGUUGUGACCAAGCUCUCCUCACCUUGUGUCUACACAAACGUCACCGCUACGUUACAGUCUCUCCUUACAUCGGGCCUCAAGUAGAAUCGAACUGAUAUCUGGAGAACUGAGAUCACAUGACUGCUCUUGGACUGAACACAAUCCGGUCUCGUGCAAGUGAACACCACACUUGUAACAAGAUAACUUUGUAUCCAAGUAACGCACAAAGUAGUGACGUGCAAAUGUGAACAACACACGUUACACCAAACAUUCUCCCAAACAGCUGAGUACAGUGAUCAAAGUGCCAGUGACACGUCACCCCACCAGUAAACUAAGACAGGAGCGCAUAGCCCAGUGACGUCACCGGCAAGUGACGCGACCUGACAUAGCAGGAUCGUCCCGUGACGUCACCAGCACCAUGCCAGGGUCCACGGAAACCCUGCCCAACACCAUUCGUGUCAAGCUGGUGAAACAGAAACAUGGCGGCCUGGGCUUCCUGGUCAAGCAGCGCACACAGAAGCCCUUCGUCGUCGUGGCUGACCUGGUGGCCGGUGGCAUCGCAGAGGAGAGCGGCCUUGUGCAGGUUGGAGAUAUCAUCCUCCGCAUCAACGACAUCAACCUGGCCGACAUGAGCUACGACAGCGCCAUCGAGAUCCUGAAGGCGGUGCCGACAGAUGCUCCAGUCGUGCUGCUGCUGCGGGGUCCCGAGGGCUACACCACCCACCUGCAGACCACCUUCCUGGAGAGUGGCUUGCCCCACACCGUGCGCGUCACGCGCGCCGUGCAAGACUCGCUGAUGGGGCGCCUGCGCAAGACCUUUUCCUCCAACGGCUCGUCGUCGCCGGUGAAGACUAUCAAGCGCCUGUGUAAGGGGAGCGAUGACAACGCCGACAAUAAGAACGCUGGAGCUGCCGAUGUGGACACGCUUGACGUCAUCGAGGCCACCCACACUGCGUGUCCGGAUGACGUCAGCAGCAGUCCAGGUCUUGCCCUCCAUGACACCAUGGCCGUUGUGACAAACGAUGACAAAAAAUCAGUUGAAGACACCAUCCUGGAACACGAGAUCAGGGGUUCGCCAAAGAUUGUCUUGACGACACCAAACGUUCCGGACAAACGAUCCAACGGCGAAAUGUCGGAAUUGGGAUCUGUGAGUGGACAACAGGCCAUUGGCCACAGCCGCAAGGCCAUCGAGAUCGUCCAGGACAACGACCAGAUUACCGUCGUCGUCAAGGGCGACGUGCGCAUCGAGAGCUCCAGCGACGGCCAUCAAACACCCAAGCGCUUUGUCAUCAGCAGCAACCCUCGCCCUGCGGCCCACAGUGCAGACGACAACUACAAUCACAAACCUAGUAACGGCCAUCUGCAACCGCAAGAUCAGAGUUCGCCGGAGAAUCAAACGGACGGCGAGGCCUCGGACACAGACGAGGGGAGAAUGGGGGGAGCCCGCAACAGACACAGCGGAGGGGCGCAGAGAGGUGAGCGGCGUGGGUCGGCCACCAGCCCCAAGCGGUUCGCCAAAGUCCACAACCUGCUGGACAACAAGACCUUUGUGGACGUCCUGCACCAGAAAGUCAUCGAGAACAUGACUUGCACCCCAGAGAGGUGCAUGGGGUCGUUGAUGAACACAGCCGUGAAGACAGGGCCACCCAGGAGAGGGGAGGACCUGCUGGUGCAAGCCAAGGACUUCAUUGAGCAGUACUUCGCCUCCAACAAACGUCUCCACACGCCUGCGCACCACAAGCGGUGGGCGGAAGUGCUGGCGUCAGUGGAGCGCAGCGGGUCGUACGAGCUGACGACGGCGGAGCUGAGUUUCGGCGCCAAGACUGGCUGGCGCAACGCCCCCCGCUGCAUCGGUCGCAUCCAGUGGAGCAAACUGCAGGUGUUCGAUGCCCGCCACAUCACCACUGCCCGCGGCAUGUACGAAGCCCUGUGCAACCACAUCAAGUACGGCACCAACAAAGGCAAUCUCAGAUCCGCCAUUACCAUCUUCCCUCAAAGGCAGAAGGGCAGGGGCGACUACCGUGUGUGGAACUCUCAGCUGAUUAUGUAUGCAGGGUACAGACAGCCAGACGGCACCGUCAUCGGCGAUCCGAAGUCCGUGGAAUUUACAGAGGUGGUGAUGAAGAUGGGGUGGCGGCCUAAGGGCACCAUGUUCGACGUCCUGCCCCUGGUUCUGCAAGCGGGUGGCCACGACCCCGAGUUUUUCGAGAUACCACCGGAACUGAUCCUGGAGGUUCCUAUUAAACAUCCCAAAUACCCGUGGUUUGCGGAGCUGGGGUUGAGGUGGUACGCCCUGCCUGCCGUGUCCGCCAUGCUGUUUGACUGUGGUGGCCUGGAGUUCACUGCCUGCCCCUUCAAUGGCUGGUACAUGGGAACUGAGAUAGGUGCCCGGGACUUUUGUGACACCAACAGAUUCAACAUUCUGGAGAAUGUGGCGCUCAAGAUGGGGCUGGACAUCCGCAAAACCUCUUCGCUGUGGAAGGACCGAGCUUUGGUGGAGAUCAACAUCGCGGUGCUGCACAGCUAUCAGACAGCUGGAGUGACCAUUACUGACCACCACGCCGCGGCUGAGUCGUUCAUGAAGCACCUGGACAACGAGCAGCGCCUGCGGGGCGGGUGUCCAGCUGACUGGGUGUGGGUGGUGCCACCUAUGAGUGGCUCACUGACGCCAGUCUUUCACCAAGAAAUGCUGUGCUACAAACUAAAGCCUUCCUACGAAUAUCAGGAAGACCCCUGGAAAACACACGUGUGGAAGAAAGAUCGGGACAAGCCCAAGUCUUCUGACAGACCCAAGCGCAAGUUUGGUUUCCGGGAACUAGCCAGGGCCGUCAAGUUCUCCGCCAAGUUGAUGGGACGCGCGCUGGCUCGGCGGGUGAAGUGCACCAUCCUGUACGCCACAGAGACGGGCAAGUCCGAGCGCUUCGCCACCACACUGUGCGAGAUCUUCAAGCACGCCUUUGACGCUAAGGUGGUCUGUAUGGAGGCCUAUGACGUCACGUCUCUGGAGCACGAGUCACUUGUUCUCAUCGUGACCAGUACGUUUGGCAACGGAGACCCACCAGAAAACGGCGAGGCUCUGGCCAAAAGCUUGUUUGAAAUGAAACACCCGGAAAAAUCGGGCAGUACCAGCUUCUCCUCAUCGUCCUAUAUCCGCAUGAGUGUCUCGAGUCCCCGCAACAGUCGCACUGACGAGCGUGAGACCAGUGACGAUGACAAACUGACGAUGGAGACAGGUCCUCUGAGCAAUGUCAGGUACUCUGUGUUCGCCCUGGGAUCACGUGCCUAUCCCCACUUCGCAGCCUUUGGCCACUACAUGGACAAAAUUCUCAGUGAACUGGGUGCAGAGGUCAUCCACCCGCUGAUCGAAGGCGACGAGCUGUGCGGGCAGGAGGAGAGUUUCCGCAAGUGGGCGGAGCAAGUCUUCCAGGCUGCGUGCGAAACCUUUUGUCUGGGUGAUGAUGUCAACCUGUCAGAAGCCACAGGAGCGCUGUCCAAUGCCGACCACUGCUGGACAGCCUCCACAUUUCGCAUCACACCGCUGGACAACGCCACAGACGCCGACAUCAGCAAGGCUCUCUCAAAACUUCACGGGAAGACUGUGCUACCCUGCCGCCUGACCGAGAGAAUUCAGCUGCAGUCACCGCAGUCAGGGAGACAAACUAUUCUUGUGAAACUGAAUACCCAGGAUUCCUCAGAACUCCAAUACCUACCUGGCGACCAUCUAGGAAUAUUCCCUUCUAAUCCUCCCGAACUCGUGGAAGCCAUCUUGGCUCGCCUGCACGGUGCCCCGGCCCCUGAGCAAGUCGUCAAAACAGAAUUUCUACAAGAAGUAUCCUCAGCUCUGGGAUCCUCCAAAAACUGGACACCAUUUGAGAAAAUGCCCGUAUGCUCCAUGCGAACAGCACUGACACACUUCCUGGAUGUCACCACGCCACCCACUCAAACCUUUCUACAGCUGCUGGCCACCCUGGCCACACGGGACAUGGACAAGGACCGCCUGGAGCAGCUGGCAAAGGACUCAAAGGCGUAUGAAGAGUGGCGGUAUGAGCUUAACCCCAAUCUCCUGGAAGUGCUGGACCAGUUUCCCUCUCUCAAAGUUCCACCUUCGCUGGUGAUGACGCAGCUUCCGCUUCUGCAGCAACGGUUCUACAGCAUCAGUUCUUCGCCUCAGGAAUGUGUGGGAGAAAUUCAUGCAACCAUCGCUGUUGUUCGAUACAGAACACAAGGUGGCGCCGGACCUAUACACGAAGGUGUGUGUUCCGGCUGGCUGAACACGUGUGCCAUGGGGGAAACCGUUCCGUGCACCGUGCGAGCAGCACCAGCCUUCCGCCUACCCGAGGACCAGACGCUGCCCAUCAUUAUGGUGGGGCCUGGUACCGGCAUAGCGCCCUUCCGAAGUUUCUGGCAACAGAGGAAGAUUGACAUGGACAUGAAACCCUUGCCAUCUCAUGGAGAACGCCGAGGUUGGGGUGAGAUGUACAUUUAUUUCGGAUGCCGACAAGCCUCCAUGGACGACAUUUACCGAGACGAAAUUAACCUGAUGAAAUCCUUGAAUGUCUUGACUGAAGACUACUUAGCUUUGUCUCGUGAAGAAGGAAAACCAAAGGUGUACGUGCAAGACAUCCUGUACAGCAAUGCAGCAGCCACGUUUGAGACAGUGGUCAAGCGAGGAGGCCAUUUCUAUGUUUGCGGUGAUGUCUCCAUGGCCAACGAUGUGACAAAGACACUGGAACACAUCCUGUGUCAGCUGGGAAACAUGGAGCCGGACAAGGCCAAGAACUUUGUCCUCAAGCUGAAGAAUGCCAACAGGUUCCAUGAGGAUAUCUUCGGGGUCAGCAUUCAGCGUGGCACUGAAGUUGGGGACAAACCCAGUGAGCACACGCGCAGCGCGUGGAAGUUCAUUGACGUCACAGGCAAGCCGGCCACCCGUGAAGUAGUCCAGGCAAUGCCUGCACCAGCUGGGUCCCUCGCCUAAUCUACUGAAUUCUUCAGAAGCUGAUGAGAAGAAAAUGACUGUCGGAAAGCCACGCGCACCAGUGAAAAACGUUUUCAACCAACACAAGGAUCCAUAAGUACUCAUCUUUUCUAACAUUAUUUCAGGGCACAUCCUCCCGUGUUCUUCCUUCCUUUUGUAUGUUUAAGGGAUCUUCAUGUACUCUUCCUUCCUAACAUGUGGACUGCUGCAACACGUUUGUCUAAUAAUAUUUGUGCAUGAGUGAAUUGCUACUGGUCUUGUCAGGGUUAGGAUCACCAUAAGGUGACAUGCAGCUAUCUAUGGGUGAGGAGUAGAUACUGGCACUUUUUCAGUUUAACGGCUAUUCUGAACAACGCUGAACGUGUUUUGCAGAAUUUAGUAAAAUUGUCAUGGUAACAGAUUUGUAAAGAGUAAAGGUUGAAGCGAUGGAUCACACUACACAUUUUUAAAUACAAAAGUCUGAGAAUCAUCUGAUCUACACAACACAAGGUUGAGAACUGUCCAAAUUAUAUUUACAGAGGACACAAGGUUGAGAACUGUCCAUGUUACACAUUUUGAAACAAAAGAAUUACAAGAAUGUGCAUUAGAGGUGUUUUCAAGUUUAUAUGGCAUAUAGAAUGAUUUGUCUAUUAUGCAUCUUAUUAUAUUGAUAUUAUUAUUGAAACUACAGAAUUAUUUAUUAUAACUACCAUAACAUGCUUAUUAGUAGAAGGAAACGCUAUUUGAUUCAGAUGUCACAUGGACAAAAGUCUGUGUAUGACAGAUACUGUGUGCUGUCAACCACAGGUGCUCUAACAGAAGUAGCCUCCCAGCCUGCAAGAAAUCAUGGGUUCGUUAUUGGACCAAUCCGAGUCCAGAUGUGGGUCCCUCGCGGGAAACUAAGUCUGAACCCAGCGGGAUUUGAAAGUGGUAUCGUCAAGGAACCCAGGCGGCUGUACCCGUUUACAACCGUCAUUUCCCGUGAAAGCCCCGUUUGUAGGCCGCAUUGAAACCUUCAAAGCCCCGCACGCACCCGUCCCUCAGUCUCACACCCCUUUACCACCGCUAGUACACAGGCUAGCUAGCGGAAGUACCAUGUGCGAGGGCAAAGGUUAGCUACAGUUAAGACCGGCCGGUUACAUCAAUAUUCCACAAAAAGUACUACAAUGGUUAUUUACAGUAGAACCUCGGAUUACAAACAUAAUUCGUGCUCGUAAUUCAAAUCACUCGUAUAUCGAAGCAAAUUUUCACGUGAGAAAUGUUUAAAAUGCAGACGAUUCGUUUCAGAACCCCAAAAUAUUUAUUCAUGCCAUACUAUGCCUCACAAUACUAUGGAUGCCACUUCUAUCAAACCAUUCCGUUUGUCUUAAAACUUUCUUUGUUUUCUGUACAUGGCAGAUUGCUGACGAGGUCGGUGCACAGGGCCGUUGCCCUCUCCCAGAUUACAUUCUCGGUGACAGAAUCACCUGCUAUAGUUGCUUCUCGUUUAUCCGCACAAGAAGCAACUUUUUCUUCAUCUUGCAGAACUCGUGGCCGUUGCUUUGAUACUCUGGUGACUCCUUUUCCAGCAUCUACCCACCUUAUCUCUCCUUCAAUGUGCUGCAGAUCGUUGACGUUACACUUUCGCGAACUCUGACCCUCAUACCUCGUUCGUGCUUUUCUAUUAUUUCAUUCUUAAUUUCCAUCAGAAUACGUCCUCCUAACCCUAAUCCUCCUCUCAGCCUUUUUCUGGGCGAGGCCCAUUGUUUCCGUGCAGACGCACGUGGUUGCAAUUGGCUCUAACGAUCAUGUGAUGGUGACUGUGAGAGCGAGGCAUGCCAAGUGAAGUCCAUCGUGAGAGAAUUACCCACAAUCCAUCAGCGAGAGAGGGGUGGGGAGGAGAGAGCUCACGUGAUGCUCGUAUUGCUCAAUUAUGCUCGUUUACCGAGUUUACACAUUUUUUUUAAUGUUAGUCUUGCAAAGCACUCACAGACGAGGUCACUGGUAAUCCGAGGUUCCACUGUAAGAUCCUAAAUUAUUUAUGUAUGACUAUCCACUGUUAAAAGAGUUGUUUUAUAACAUCUUUCACACGAGUUUUAAUCAGAAUCACUUGAGAGAUCGGCGGUGUUUGUCUCGACAUGCAGUACGAACUAAUCCUUUCAGUCUGUGAAAGGGUCAAAGUGACCAGAGUUGGUCUAACCCGGUGAACCACUUACAUGCGGGCAAAGGAAGUGUGCGACAAGAUCAUGUUUCAAAUGGCCAGCGAAUCCGAGCAUGGCAACAUGAUUGCGGAAUAAAAGUCCGACAUACGGGUCCUCAUCAUCCCUCAGGUCAUGACCCGUCUCAAGUUCCGUCACUCCGCGUGUUCGCCUCUCUGUCCUUUGCUGGACCCUGCAUUUCUCCGCCUCUCUUGCAGGCUGGCUGGUCUGUCAUUUUGUGAUAACAUGUUUGAAGAAGACAGCGGGCUAGGAUAAGAUCCACCUCAGAUUGCCUCACAUCAGACGCGCAUUCAUUUGGAACACAAACCACGUGACUCAGUCCCAGAGGAGAAGUGAGAUGAGUCUUCAACAAGAUCUUUGUGGUUUUGAAGACAAGAAAUGACUCAAAUAGUACCUACCACACAUAAAGUUGCUCACAUUAUUAUACUGAGCUGACAAAUGAUGUCUUGUAAAAUUAUUGUACCAAUGUUUUGUUUCAUUUUUCGCUCUGCUUUACUUGUGUCUUGCUACUGACCUUUGCCAUGAACGACUUGUCUACAACUGUCCUAGUCUGCUUGUUCCUGGAGUAAAUCUUUCUGUACAUCAAAUACAUUUACCAGCAUGUGUGUACAUGUGACUGUACUCAUCUACAGCUGCAAAACAGAACUUUUAAUUUGCGUUGUUAAUAAUAAUGUGAACUUAAAACGACCAAAGGUAGAUGGCGCUCUCUGCGCAGACCAAUAAUGAUAGAUGAAAGAUAACAGGUAGUCGACAGUGAGGUACUACAGACACACUGAACAACAUAAAGAUGAGGUACAAGAUAACAGUAGACAGUGAGGUAGUAUAGACACACUGAACAACAUAAAGAUGAGGUACAAUAGACACACUAACAACAUAAAGAUGAGGUACAA